AUGGCGUGUGAACAUUUUCCUCAUGAUCUGCAUCCCAUUGGGCCUAAGGCGAUUAUAAACAAAUGCACAGAUUGUAAAGAAAAAGCCGACUUAGUUUGUGUGACGUGUAAUAAAGGCUUUUGUGGAUCGUGUAGCGCUACACACAACCACUUUGUAUUUGCAAAUCAACUUGGGUAUCAUUGCACAAAGUGUGCCAAGGAGUUUCCAUUGAGUUUGCAUCAGAAGUACUCCACAUCCCUUCCACCAUUCAUUCCAAGAAACAUUAAAGGCUUUGGACUGUAUAUGAAAGCUAAACAUCCAAAGAAAAUAGUAGUAAUGGCGGGUGCAGGGAUGUCGACGUCUGCUGGUAUACCAGACUUCAGAACGCCUGGGACGGGGUUAUAUGACAAUUUAGAGAAAUAUGAUUUGCCCUAUCCAACUGCAGUCUUUGACAUCGAUUACUUCGAAGAAAACCCACAACCGUUUUAUACACUUGCGAAGGAAUUGAUGCCAGGUAUCGGAAAGUACUUUCCAACACCAACGCACCACUUUGUGGGCUUCUUAAACAACUUGAAAGUCCUCUCGAUGCUCUUCACUCAAAACAUCGACGGUCUGGAGACCGUCGCGAAUAUCCCCGAUGACAAGACCGUCUUUGCACAUGGACAUUACAACACCGGUCACUGUUUAAAGUGCAAGAAAUUGGUUCAAAAAGAUGAAUUCAUCGACGACGUCAUGUUGGGGAAGGUCUCGAAAUGUAAGUGCGGCGGCGUGAUCAAGCCAGACAUCGUCUUCUUUGGAGAGAACUUACCCAAAAGGUUCUUCGAUAGUUUUAAAUAUGUCAAAGACUGCGACUUACUCAUUUGUAUUGGGACUUCCCUCGUGGUAGAACCAUUUGCUUCACUUGCAGAAAUGCCAGAAUUGGGAACACCUCGUGUUUUAAUUAACAUGGAAGACGUCGGUGAUUUCAAUUACAAAGACGACUUGAAAUUACUUGGCAAAUGCGACGAUAUUAUAUUUGACAUAGUGAAUGAGAUUGGGCAAAAAGACGCAUUUCAGAAGUACUUGGACGCCUUUGAGUUCAAGAAAUGA